AUGUUUGGAAGGAGCUUUCCCUUUGCGAACUCACUGGGGGCCCCCUAUCUACGUGGUAAUUUCCCUUCCUGGUAUCUGUCGCAUCGUUGGUUCAAGGCAGAAGAGAGAGGUCACGUGGGGGUGUAUUUACCAGACACGGCAGAUUCGAAGAAGACAUCCGGAAGUGUAUAUACGAGCAAAGUCCAUGUCCGGGAAAAGUAUCAUAUCGUUGGCUUCAUCAGCAGCGGGACAUAUGGUCGCGUCUACAAAGCCAUUGGCAGGAAUGGCCAAAAAGGCGAAUUCGCCAUCAAAAAGUUCAAACCCGACAAGGAGGGCGAGCUGAUUCAGUACACGGGCCUUUCUCAAUCCGCGAUCCGAGAAAUGGCCCUGUGUUCGGAGCUGAAUCAUGCGAACGUCGUCCAGCUGGUUGAAAUCAUCCUCGAAGACAAAUGCAUCUUCAUGGUCUUCGAGUACACGGAACAUGACCUGCUCCAGAUCAUUCACCAUCACACGCAACCACAGAGACAUGCGAUCCCCGCCCCGAUGGUUCGAUCGAUACUAUUUCAACUGCUGAAUGGCUUACUGUACCUGCACAGCAACUGGGUGCUUCAUCGAGAUCUGAAACCGGCGAACAUCCUGGUCACCUCCAACGGCCACAUUCGAAUCGGCGAUCUUGGUCUGGCUCGCUUGUUCUACAAGCCGCUCAACUCUCUGUUCUCGGGAGACAAGGUUGUGGUGACCAUCUGGUACCGCGCUCCGGAGCUCUUACUCGGUAGUCGCCACUAUACGCCAGCCGUCGACCUUUGGGCGGUCGGGUGCAUCUUCGCCGAGCUCCUGUCCUUGCGGCCCAUCUUCAAGGGGGAGGAAGCCAAGAUGGACAGUAAAAAGACGGUCCCCUUCCAGCGGAACCAGAUGAUGAAAAUCAUCGAGAUCUUGGGCUUACCGCGGAAGGAGAAUUGGCCUGGGCUCGUGUGGAUGCCGGAGUAUCCCCAAUUACAGUCUCUGGCCAUGUCCCGUGGGCCGGGCCAUUUCAACAAGCCAUCCAACCUCGAAGGAUGGUACCAGGCCUGUCUGAAGAACAGCGGCUACGGGCCGAAUUCAAGCGCAGGCACACCCGGAGCCGACGGGUUCGAUCUGUUAUCGCGGUUACUCGAAUACGACCCGGCAAAGCGCAUCACAGCGCAAGAGGCGCUAGAACACCCUUACUUCAAAAACGGCGGGCCCAUCAGCGCCAACUGCUUCGAAGGCUACGAGGGGAAGUACCCCCACCGCCGCGUCAGCCAAGACGACAACGACAUUCGAACCGGUAGCCUACCGGGGACGAAGCGGAGCGGGUUGCCUGACGACAGUCUGAUGGGGAGGGCAUCGAAGCGUCUGAAGGAGUGA